AUGGUAUAGGGCAUGGACCAAAUUCAUAUUGAUAUGGGCAAUUUACUCAUCCUUCUUUACACCAAUGGAGUUUGGCUUCUUCAGGGGAUUACCUGAGAACCUCUUCAUACUCGACAUAGUUGGACAGCUUGCCUUCCUAUUAGAUAUUAUUUUACAAUUCUUCAUUGCCUAUAGAGACCACCAGACAUAUCGUAUGGUAUAUAAACGUACUCCUAUUGCUCUUCGAUAUUUGAAAUCUCAUUUUAUCAUUGAUUUACUAGCUUGCAUGCCUUGGGACAUUAUCUACAAGGCUUGUGGACGUAGAGAAGAAGUAAGGUAUCUGUUGUGGAUUAGGCUGAGUCGGGUGCGGAAAGCUACUGAAUUUUUCCAAAAGAUGGAGAAGGAUAUACGAAUAAAUUACCUGUUUACCAGGAUCAUAAAACUUACUGCAGUAGAACUCUACUGCACGCACACGGCAGCCUGCAUCUUUUACUAUUUGGCUACCACUUUGCCUGCUGCUGAAGAGGGUUAUACUUGGAUUGGAAGCUUAAAGAUGGGUGAUUACAGUUAUUCACACUUCAGGGAGAUUGAUAUCUGGAAGCGUUAUACAACAUCAUUAUAUUUUGCUGUUGUCACUAUGGCCACUGUUGGUUAUGGAGAUGUUCAUGCGGUCAAUCUAAGGGAAAUGAUAUUUGUAAUGAUAUACGUGUCCUUUGAUAUGGUUCUGGGUGCUUAUCUGAUCGGUAAUAUGACAGCACUAAUUGUGAAAGGAUCAAAGACAGAAAAAUUCAGGGAUAAAAUGAAAGAUCUCAUCAAAUAUAUGAAUAGAAAUAGACUUGGAAGGGACAUACGUAACCAGAUCAAAGGCCAUGUGCGCUUACAGUACGAAAGCAGUUACACAGAAGCUUCUGUUCUUCAGGAUCUUCCUGCAUCUAUUCGUGCUAAGAUUUCCCAAACUUUAUACUUGCCAUUUAUUGAACAAGUGACCCUGCUCAAAGGAUGCUCAGCAGAAUUUAUUAACCAGAUUGUUAUUAGGCUCCAUGAGGAGUUUUUUCUCCCAGGAGAAGUAAUUAUGGAGCAAGGAAAUGUGGUAGAUCAACUUUAUUUUGUCUGUCAUGGUGUGCUGGAAAUGGUAGGGACAGGCGAAGAUGGAUCAGAAGAGACUGUCUCACUCUUACAGCCUAACAGCACAUUUGGAGAAAUUUCCAUCCUUUGCAACAUUCCUCAGCCAUAUACUAUUCGAGUUUGUGAAUUAUGCCGGCUUCUACGGAUUGACAAACAAUCUUUCUCUAAUAUACUUGAGAUAUACUUUUAUGAUGGACGUAAAAUCUUGAACAACAUUUUAGAGGGGAAAGAAUGUCGACUUGGAGAUAAGCAACUAGAAUCGGACCUUUCAUUUCACAUAGGAAAGCAAGAAGCUGAACUUGCUUUGAGGGUGAACAAUGCAGCUUAUAAUGGUGACCUUUAUCAGCUAAAAGGCUUUGUCCGUGCAGGAGCUGAUCCAAAUAGAACAGACUAUGAUGGAAGAUCACCCUUGCAUCUUGCAGCAUCAAGAGGUGAUGAAGACAUUACACUUUUCCUUAUUCAAGAAGGAGUUGAUAUUAACAUUAAAGAUAAAUUUGGAAAUACGCCCUUAUUUGAAGCCAUCAAGAAUGGACAUGAUCAUGUUGCAUCUUUACUUGUUAAACAAGGGGCUCACUUGAGCCUGGAUGAUGCUGGUAGUUUUCUUUGUUCAACUGUUUCAAAGGGGGAUUCUGAUCUUCUCAAAAGGCUUUUGUCCAAUGGAAUUGACCCAAACUCCAAGGAUUAUGAUCACAGGACCCCACUUCAUGUAGCUGCCUCAGAAGGACUAUAUAUUAUGACAAAGUUGCUGUUAGAAGCUGGAGCUAGUGUUUCCUCUAAGGACAGAUGGGGAAAAACUCCGCUUGAUGAAGGUCGGAUGUGUGGAAACAAGAAUUUGAUCAAACUACUGGAAGAUGCAAAAUCCAGUCAGUUAGCAGAAUUCCCUUCUCAAUCACAAGAAAUCUCAGAUAAAGUACAUAAAAGAAAAUGCACAGUAUUCCCUUUCCAUCCAUGGAGUCCAAAAGAAAAUAGAAGACCAGGGAUAGUGUUAUGGAUACCACAAACAAUGGAAGAGCUUAUAAAAACUGCAGCAGAACAGCUACAGCUUCCAAAUGAUUAUACUUGUAUUCUAUCAGAAAAUGGAGGAAAAAUUCUUCAUGUAGAAUUUAUUGAUGAUGGUGCAAAGUUGUAUUUAAUCAGUGAAACACAUCAGUUAUGAAAAUUUCAUGCUGCUGUAUAUUAUUGUAUCCUACUACCUUUUUAUGUCCAAAUUGCAUACGUGCUGCAUUCAAUCAGAUAAUAAUAAAAUAAGCUUGUUUGUUUGAACUUAAA